GUCUCAUGCUAGUGACAGAAAUCCGUCCCCUUCAGCAUGCGAGAAACUGUGCAGAACAGUCCAUUCUGUCGUUCAGAAGGUCACGGGGCUCUGGAAGGGAGCUUGUAACAUCGCAACGCAUGGAGUGAGCUCCCUGUCCUCGGGAGACAGGCAAGCAGACGCAGAGGACUCGCGAGGGCAGUUGGAGAAGGCGCUGAGCCCCGUGUGUGAAGGACACGCCUCUGGGCCGAGGAAGAAACACCGAAGGGAGUGUGGCGUCACCCCUGAGCUUGCUCACAGGGGGCACGGAAGCACCUUUGGAGAAAGGGAGAAGAGCUGGGGUCCUGGAGACGACAGGGCGUUUCAACCACCCUGGGUCCUGGGAUUUCACAACUACCAGUAGAGGCUCAUCUUCACCAAAAGACAGAGCUUGGUUUCCGGGGGCUUUAUUUCCUCUUGCUGGACCCUCAUGUGAAGUUUCGGAGGAGAGGAGACAGGGACCCCGCGCGGAGCCUGGAGCAGGGGCCAGAGGGGCCAGAAACGCCCAUCCAGGUGGUACUCAGGUAGGUAUAGGUUGGUUGGGCGGGAGCGAGGAGUGAGGAGCGAGGGCGAUAGAGGACGGGGCCGAUGGCGUCAUCGGGAUGGACCUCUGCCUUCCCACCGGACCCCAGAGUGCGUCCCAUGAGCGCGGCGGAGCUGCGUCGAGGGGAACAGAGCGCGCUGCACUGCUCGGGGACCCGGACUCUGCAAGUGAGGAAUCCCUCCCACCCACUGACCCCCAACCCCCCCACCCCCCCGUCAGAAACCUACCUGGAGACCCCUCGGUCCUUUCCGGGGCAGCUCGGUCCCAGGCCCCAGCCUCUGCACCCCCCCCGCCCCCUCCCCAGGUGAGCCCCCCGGGCGGCGGCCCCGACGUGGCGUUCCGCUUCGGCGCCGUGCUGGACGGGGCGCGCACGCAGGAGGACGUGUUCCGGGCGUGCGGCGUGCGGCGUCUGGGCGAGCUGGCGCUGCGCGGCUUCUCCUGCACUGUCUUCACCUUCGGCCAGACCGGCUCCGGGAAGACCUACACCCUGACCGGGCCUCCUCCGCAGGGCGAGGGGGUGCCCGUACCCCCCAACCUAGCCGGCAUCAUGCAGAGGACCUUCGCUUGGCUGUUAGACCGGGUGCGGCACCUGGGAGCCCCUGUCACCCUCCGUGCCUCCUAUUUGGAGAUCUACAAUGAGCAGGUUCGAGACCUACUGAGCCUGGGAGCUCCCCGGCCUCUCCCUGUUCGCUGGAACAAGACCCAGGGCUUCUAUGUGGAGCAGCUGCGAGUGGUGGAGUUUGGGAGUCUGGGGGCCCUGAUGGAACUGAUGCAAAUGGCAAACCACAUCCCUCUGCCCCUUCGGACCUCCAGACCCUUCCAGCUUGUUGAAGGUCUUAGCCGUCGACGGAGCUCAGCUCACAGCCUGAACCAGGCCUCCAGCCGAAGCCAUGCCCUGCUCACGCUCUACAUCAGCCGCCAAACCAUGCCUCCAGUGGACCCUGGGGAGCCCCCCGUUGGUGGGAAGCUGUGCUUUGUAGACCUGGCCGGCAGUGAGAAGGUGGCGGCCACGGGAUCCCGUGGGGAGCUGAUGCUUGAGGCAAACAGCAUCAAUCGCAGCCUGCUGGCCCUGGGUCACUGCAUCUCCCUGUUACUGGACCCACAGCGGAAGCAGAGCCACAUCCCCUUCCGGGACAGCAAGCUCACCAAGCUGCUGGCGGACUCACUGGGGGGACACGGGGUCACCCUCAUGGUGGCCUGCGUGUCCCCUUCAGUCCAGUGCCUUCCCGAGACUCUGAGCACCCUGCGAUAUGCAAGCCGAGCUCAGCGGGUCACCACUCGGCCACAGGCCCCCAAGUCACCUAUGGCAAAGCAACCCCAGCGUUUGGAGAUGGAGAUACGGCAGCUCCAGGAGGAGAACCGCUGCCUGCGGUCCCAACUGGGCCAAGUACACCCCAAGGCCUCAGGGCUCAGUGGGGCCCGGGUGGCCUGGGCCCAGCGGAACCUCUAUGGGAUGCUGCAGGAGUUCAUGCUGGAGAAUGAGAGGCUCCGGAAAGAAAAGAGCCAGCUGCAGAGUAGCCGGGACCAGGCCCGGGAUGAGCAGCGGGUCCUGGCCCAGCAGGUGCACGAGCUGGAGCGGCGCCUCCUCUGUGCCUGCUCCCUUCACCUGCCAAACCCCGGCCCAGCCCCACCGUGUCCCUGUGUGAUGGCACCAGCUCGCCCCUGCCACGCCCUGCCGCCCCUCUGCUCCUGCCCCUGCUGUCACCUGUGCCCCUUGUGCCGAGCACCGUUGGCCCACUGGGCCUGCCCACACAGGGGGCUCCAGCUGCCGCAGGUGUUUGGCCCUAAGACCCCGGGUGGCCUGGCUCUGUCUGCCCAGCCCCCACCCUGGGCACCCCCAUGCAAUCCUGACUCUGCCGAGUUCCCGAGAGAGAGUCUCAGUUCACAGCUGCUGCAGGCAGAGAGACGGUGGCCUCUCUGUCCCCAGACUGAGCUUGUGAGUGACACCGAGGCAGAAGAGCCCAGAACCAUGCGGAGCCUCAGGGCUCUGUUUCUGCUGCUGACUGCCUGCCUGGCGGUGAGUGCCAGCCCCGUGCUGACGCCGCCCGAUGACAUCCAAGUGCAAGAGAACUUCGACAUCUCUAGGAUCUACGGGAAGUGGUUCCACGUGGCCAUGGGCUCCACCUGCCCGUGGCUGAAGAAGUUCAUGGACAGGAUGUCCAUGAGCACGCUGGUGCUGGGCGAGGGGGCGACGGACAAGGAGAUCAGCAUGACCAGCACUCGUUGGCGGAGAGGCACCUGCGAGGAGAUCUCCGGGGCUUAUGAGAAAACAGACACUGACGGAAAGUUCCUCUAUCAUAAGCCUAGAUGGAACAUCACCAUGGAGUCCUAUGUGGUCCACACCAACUAUGACGAGUACGCCAUCCUUCUGACCAAGAAAUUCAGCCACCACCAUGGGCCCACCAUUACCGCCAAGCUCUAUGGGCGACAGCCACAGCUUCGAGAAAGCCUGCUGGAGGAGUUCAGGGAGGUCGCCUUGGGUGUGGGCAUCCCCGAGGACUCCAUCUUCACAAUGGCCGACAAAGGUGAGUGUGUCCCUGGGGAGCAGGAACCAGAGCCCUCUCCACUCACGAGAGCCCGGCGGGCUGUGCUGCCCCAGGAAGAGGAAGGAUCAGGGGCCAGGCUGCUAGCAACUGAUUUCAGCAAGAAGGAAGAUGCCUGCCAGCUGGGCCACGCAGAAGGCCCAUGCCUGGGGAUGGUCACGAGGUAUUUCUAUAAUGGCUCAUCCAUGGCCUGUGAGACCUUCCAAUAUGGCGGCUGCCUGGGCAACGGCAACAACUUCGCCUCAGAGAAGGAGUGUCUGCAGACCUGCCGAACCGUGGCGGCCUGCAACCUCCCCAUAGUGACCGGCCCCUGCCGAGGCUACAACCAGCUCUGGGCGUUCGAUGCCGUCCAGGGGAAAUGCAUCCUCUUCACCUAUGGCGGCUGCCAAGGCAACGGCAACAAGUUCUACUCAGAGAAGGAGUGCAGGGAGUACUGUGGUGUCCCUGGCAACGGUAGGAGGACCCGUGGGUGCUACUGGGUCCAGGCGGGAGAGCCCUGGUAGGGAGUGGGGGUCCGGAGAGGUGAGCUCUAGACUCCACCAGAUGACCUGCCCAUCCGCUCUCUGGGCCUGUUCCCCAUCUGUAAAAUGGGGCUAAACCCUUACCCCAGCUGGGACGGGGCACCAGGGAGGCACAGGCCAGACCUGAGCCUGGCAGAGACGGCCUCUGCUUCUGGGGCUGCCACGUUCGGGCUGGCCACGUUGGGCGAGUACCAGUUUGAGCCUCAUUUUGUUUUCUUCUAUAAAAUGGGAGAAAAGUACCCACUCGGAUUUCACAGUGCCUGGACGGCGAGGACUCGGCUGACGGCAGCCGUCACUGGUCCUGAUGGUCAUGCUGUGAUGACAACAGUAAUAGCAUGCCAGGGGAACAGCAGCCAUUUGAUUUCUGUGCCGUGUCUCCCCACUGGGAGAAGAGGCCAAAGACCAGAUCAUUCUGUGGGAUGCGCUUUGGAGACACCAGGGCAUGCAGCAAGCAAGCAGCAGUUUCUGGCGUCAAGCUCAGGUCCCAAGUCAGCCCAAGCUGCCUUCCCUCCUCCGUGAGGCGUCCCCAUCCCGACUGUCCCCAUCCACAGACGCCCUGGGUGAGCCCCACACCUACUUGCCGAGCUUCUCUGUGUCCACAGGUGACGAGGAGCUGCUGCCCAUCGCCAGCUGAUCGGCCCGCAGGCCACACGGUGGCGGGGAGGGUGCGGGCCGUGUCUGUUCCGGUGCCCCACGUCAGGCCGGGCCGGGUGACCCGGGUUCAAAUAAAAAUGAAAUUGUGGACUCCUGAAA